GACUGCCCGGUUCUGCGCAGGCCUGUUUCUGCGCAUGCCUGGUCCCACCUCCUGUCUCCGUGCACUUCCGUCUUCCCCCCACACCCCGUUUUCUUCAGUUCUCGCGUGGGAGGCUAUUCUCGGGCCGCUUAUGCUCUGCGCUUUUCUGGGGCCGGUGCUUCACGACGACGGAGCGACAGCACGUCUUCAGAGUUGUCUACAUUUUUCCAAGACAGCAGAAAAUGAACAAAUCCCAGAUUGAACAGAAAUUCCAGGGAUCAGUAUCAUUUAAGGAUGUGACUGUGGACUUCACCCAGGAAGAGUGGCAGCACCUGGACCCAGCUCAGAGGUCCUUGUAUAGAGAUGUGAUGCUGGAGAACUACAGUAACCUUGUCUCACUGGGGUAUUGUGUUACCAAACCAGAGGUGAUCUUCAGGCUAGAGCAAGGAGAGGAGCCAUGGAUAUUGGAGGAAGAAUUCCCAAGCCAGAGCUUCCCAGAAAUCUGGAAAACUGAUCACAAGAAAGAAAGGAGCCACGAAAACCAGCCUAAACAUGUGUGGCAAGUUGCAUUCAUCAAUAAUAAAAUGCUAACUAAAGAACAAGGCAACGUAGUAGGAAAACCACAUAACUUGGACACAAACUCUUUUCCUUCCAGAAAAACCCUCUGUCAGUGUGACUCAUGUGGAGUGAGUUUCAACUGUAUUUCAGAAUUGUUUAUCAAUAAGAAAAACUAUUUAGGAAAAAAGACUGAUGAAUUUAAUGCCUGUGGAAAAUUGCUACUCAGUAUUAAACACGAGAAAACUCAUACUAGAGAGAAAAGUGAAUUUUUUAAAAAUGGGAAAACUUUCAGUCAUGAUGAGGACCCUAUUCAUCAUGAGAAGAUUCAAACUUUAGAGCAAAAUUUUGAUCAUAACAUUUAUCAAGAAACCUUCCUUGAAAAGGCAAUAUUCAGUACAUACAGGAAAGAGAUUGCAGAAGGGAAUGACUGUGAAUGUAAUGAAUAUGGGAGAACCUUCUUUGAUAAUUCCUCCUUCUUAUUCCACCAGAUAAAUUCCUCAAAGGAAAAUCACUAUGGAUUUAGUGGUUGUGGAAAAUCCUUAUGUGUGAAGUCUACCCUUUUGAAACAUCAUGGGGCACAUAUGAAACACUAUGACUGUAAUGAAAGUGGGAAUAAUUUCAGGAGGAAUUUAUGCCUUUCACAACUUCAGAAAACUCAUAAAGGAGAAAAACACUUUGAAUGUAAUGAAUGUGGGAGAGCGUUUUGGGAGAAGUCCCACCUCACUCGACAUCAGAGGAUACACACAGGAGAGAAACGCUUUCAGUGUAAUGAAUGUGGAAAAACUUUCUGGGAGAAGUCAAACCUCACUAAACAUCAGAGGUCACACACAGGGGAGAAACCCUAUGUGUGCAGUGAAUGUGGGAAAGCCUUCAGCCACAAGUCAGCCCUCACGUUACACCAGAGAACACAUACGGGGGAGAAACCUUAUCAGUGUAAUGCAUGUGGGAAAACUUUUUACCAGAAGUCAGACCUCACUAAACACCAGAGAACACACACAGGGCUGAAACCCUAUGAAUGCUAUGAAUGUGGGAAAUCCUUCUGUAUGAAUUCACACCUUACAGUGCAUCAGAGAACUCAUACAGGUGAGAAACCCUUUGAAUGUCCUGACUGUGGGAAAUCUUUCUGUCAGAAGUCACAUCUUACACAACAUCAGAGAACUCACAUAGGAGAUAAACCCUACGAAUGUAAUGCCUGUGGGAAAACUUUCUACCACAAGUCAGUACUCACUAGGCAUCAGAUCAUUCAUACAGGGUUGAAACCUUAUGAAUGCUAUGAAUGUGGGAAAACCUUUUGCUUGAAGUCUGACCUCACAGUACAUCAGAGAACUCACACAGGGGAGAAGCCCUUUGCAUGUCCUGAAUGUGGGAAAUUCUUCAGCCAUAAGUCUACCCUCUCUCAACAUUAUAGGACACAUACAGGGGAGAAGCCCUUUGAAUGUCACGAAUGUGGGAAAAUCUUCUAUAAUAAAUCAUACCUAACUAAACAUAAUAGAACACACACAGGGGAGAAACCCUAUGAAUGUAACGAAUGUGGGAAAACCUUCUGCCAGAAGUCUCAGCUCACUCAGCACCAGAGAAUUCACAUAGGUGAGAAACCCUAUGAGUGUAAUGAAUGUGGAAAGGCUUUCUGUCAUAAGUCAGCCUUAAUUGUCCACCAGAGAACUCAUACAGAAGAAAAGCCCUAUAAAUGUAGUGAAUGUGGAAAAUCUUUCUGUGUGAAGUCAGGACUUAUUUUACAUCAGAGAAAACACACAGGGGAGAAACCCUAUGAAUGUAAUGAAUGUGGAAAAUCCUUCAGUCACAAAUCAUCCCUCACAGUGCAUCACAGGGCUCACACAGGAGAGAAAUCUUGUCAAUGUAAUGAAUGUGGGAAAAUUUUUUACCGUAAAUCAGACCUUGCUAAACAUCAGAGAUCACACACGGGGGAGAAGCCCUAUGAAUGUAACACAUGUGGAAAAACCUUCUCUCAGAAGUCAAACCUCAUUGUACAUCAGAGAACACACGCAGGAGAAAACGUAACGAUUGAAGUGGAUGUUAGGAAUGUCGAGCUGCAGUUCAGCACCCAUUACACAAGAAUUCACACUGGCGGAAGCUCUGUUGACAGGAUAUCCUGAAUGUUCGGGAAUCUUCCUCCACACAAACUGGCCUUAUUUUACUCCAGAGUAGACUGCAACAAAUGCAGGACAGUCUUGUUAAGUAACAUUCCAUUGAAUGUCACCAAGCAAAUACUGGUAUAAAAUAUUGCAGAUUUUUUAUUUUGUAAAAACAAUUUUUUUUUUUUUAGCAAAAAUACAAGCUAGGUUAUGUCAGAAUUUAUAUUAAAGAGAAACCUUUCAAUUUGAGGUAUAUAACUUGAAGAUUAUUUUUAGAAGUAAUAUAUUAGAAGUCGUGUUUUCGGUUUUCAUGCCAUAUUUAUCUUUAGGAAACAUAAAAAAUUAUAAUUUAUAAAUGUAUAUUGUGCCAUGGGAAGCUUUAAAAACAAAAAAAAAAAAAAAUAGUAAAAUGAAAAAAUAGACUUAUAAUAGGUUGCAGUCAUACAUAGAAUUCUCACUUGCCCUCCACCAACCUUCUUUAAUGCUAUCUUCCACAACCACGGUAUACUGUCAAGCACAGGAAGUUGAUGGUACUACAGUACUAAGUCACAUACAGUCCUUAUUUCUACUUCUACUUCAACAGUUUUUACAAGCACUUUGUGUACAGUGUAGUUCUGUGAAAUUUUAUCACUUAAUAGUUUGAGUAACCAUCAACACAGGUUACAAAAUCAAAAAGGUAUCUGGAGUCUCUGUUGCAUUAGGAUUACAAAGGAAUCAGGAUUUCAUCACGAGAAGUUCCCUUGUGUUAAUCAUACCGUUUCUGCAGCCCUCAUCCUGGCAAUCGUGAAUAUGAAGCUUUUUAAAAGCAGAGAUAAAUUGAAUAAUUAGGGUCACAGCCUUAAAUGCUUAUGUGAGGUGUCCCUUAAGUUUACAGGACUUAGGUAACCACAUAUCAUUCCUUAUAUAAACCAUAUGUGCUUCAUGGGCAUAAUGCAACUUAAUAUAGUUGUGAACAGAGAACAGACACUCCUAAUUUAGCAGUUGUUACCGUAUCAGGCACAUCUCUCAUAUGUGUAAGGGCUGAGCAGCCUUACAUUGUAAAAGGAGGCCCAGAGAGGUAAUACAUAACCAUUUAGAAUGUAUAAAUCAAAAUAACAAAGUAGCAAAUAGAAUGUGUUCAGUACAGAGGGAUAUCUAGUCCCUAGUCUCAUUUUCCCCAUUCACCCAUGGUUCAUGUCAAGCCAGGAGAUGCCUUGAGUGUACAUGUGUGAGUCCUCUAGUCCUCAGCCUACAUUUUGUACAAACCCUCUGUAAGUAACUGCCCUCUAAGGCAGAGGCCAGUAUACCCAGAGACAGAUCUGUGCCCUUGGAGAUUUUUGACUCUGUGAGGAGAAGGUGGGUUGAGACUGGAGCAGAGCCAGAGUGAAGCUAGAGUGGGGCUUUUAUUGAGAGACAGGGUAUAAAAUGGUGGUAUACUAGAUUACACCAUCAGUCAGAUUACAUAAACCAGGUUACACAAACAAAUGAUCUUAACUUGCACAAAGAGUCUAAGCUUCCAUCUUAGGAAACUAGGAUAAGGAACUGAUUAAAUCCGGAGUAAGUGAAACAAAAGAAAUAAUAAUUAGAGCAGAAAUCAGUGAAAUCAGAAACAAAAUAGAGGAAAUCAGUAAAACCAAAAGUUAGCUAUUUGGAAAGGUCAAACUGAUAAACCUUUAGCUAAAUUAACUAAGAAAAAGAGAAGAUACAAGGUGCUAAUACCAGAAAUGAAAGAAAGUCAUAACUGAUUUCAUGGACAUUAAAAGGAUAAUAAUACUGUGCAUGACUCUGUGUCCACAAAUUUCAUAACCUAGAUGAAAUGGACCAAUUCCUUGAAAGACACAAUCUGCCAAAACUCACAGAAAGAUCUGACUAGGCAUAUAGCUGUUAAAGAAAUUGAGUUAAUACUUAAUCUUCCAAAUCAGAGAGUGUCAGGCCCAAAUGUGUUCACUGGUGAAUUCUACCAAACACUUCAGGAAGAAAUACCAGUUCUCUACAAUCUCUUCCAAAAAGUAAGAGCAGAAGAAAUACUUCCUAACUCAUUCUGUGAGGCCAGCAUUGCUGUAGUAGCAAAACCAGGCAGACAUUACAAGAAAGGGAAACUGCAGACAGAACUCUGUCUUGGAACAUAGAUGCAGAAAUCCUCAAGUCAUAAGCAAACUGAAUCCAACAGUAUAUAACUUCACACCAUGACCAAGUGGGGUUUAUUCCAGGUAUGCAGUCCUGGUUCAACAUUUGAUAAUCAGUUCACAUAACCCAUCACAUCAACAGGCAAAAGGAAAAUAGUCAUAUGAUCAUACCAAUAGGUGCAGAAAAGCAUUUCACAAAAUCUUAACCCAUAUUCACAAUAAGAAGUCUCAGCAUACUAGGAAUACGGGGAACUUCUUCAACUUGUUAAAGCACAUCUACAACAGCCCUAUCACUAACAUCAUACUUAAUGGUGAGAAACUAGAUGCUUUCCCAGUUAAGGAGGAAGGAGGCCCCUUUGACCACUCUUUUUUAGCCUCCUUCUGGAAGUCAUCGCUAACACAGUAUGACAAGUGAAGGAAAUAACCUUGGAUUUAGAAGGAGGAGAUAAAACUGUCUAUAUUCACACAUAACAUGAUUCUCUAGGUAGAAAAAUUGGAGGAGUCAACAAUAGAAUACCUUGACACUGAUAAGCAAUUAUAACAAGGUUACAAGGUACAAUGAUUGAGUGGGUGGUAAAAAGAAGUGAGCUCUCAAGUAUCAGAAGACAUGGAGGAACCUUACUUGCAUAUUGCUGAAUGAAAAAAGCCAAUCUGAAAAGGCUUUACAUUUUGGUUUCCAUCUAUAAUGCAUUCUGAUAACAGCACAAGUAUAUGGAAACAGUAAAAAGAUCAGUGGUUGCCACGGGUUUGGGACAAGGCAGGGAAGGACAAAUAGGUGGAUUGUAGAGGAUUUUUAGGACAGUGAAACGAUUCUGUAGGAUAUUAUAAUGGUAGAUACAUGUCAUUCAUUUGUCAAAGCCCAUAAAGUGUAAAACACAAAGGGUAAACCCUAAGGUAAACUGUGGACUUUAGUUAGUCAUAAUGUAUCAGUAUUAGCUCAUCAGUUGUAACAAACGUACCACACUAAUGCAAGAUAGGAAUAACGGAACUUAGAAGUGAAGGGGUAUAUAGGAACUCUACUUUCUGCUCAAUUUUUCUGUAACCCUAAAACUACUCUAAAAAAUAAAGUGUAUUAAAUAAACAACCCUGCCUGCAUAUAGCAAUGUAGGUGAA